GUGGUUAUAAUAUUUUUCACAUUUAUUUACUCUGCCGUGUAGUGCAGAACUGUGAAAAAAAAUGAAUUCCCUCCAGUUAUGCUGUGAUGGCAACUACUUUAAUGUGAUGGUUGACGAUGAAACCUACCUGGAACUAAUUAAUGAUCCAAAUAAGUUGAGCAGCUAUGCCGAACAAGUUCGCGACAUUAUGACGAGUAAUGAAUCAAAUAUUAAUUUACCAGGACCAAGUACCAGCACUAGUGAUUUGACCAGUGAUGAGAAUUUUUCUGAGCUGAUAAGGGGGCCAAGUACUAGUACUGGGACAACCAACACUGAAAACGUUUUCAAAUGGACUCAAUCACUGACUCUUAUGUUAAUUGACCUGAGAUUGAAAAAAGAAAAAGAUUUUAAUCGGCCAAUAUGUGAGAAAAAAAAGCUUUGGGAGCAAAUUGCAAGUGAAAUCAAAACCAAAACUGGGAAAUUUGUUACCAGCGAAAUGUGUGAUAUAAAAUAUCUGAAUGAAACUGAUGCGACUGAAUCAGAAACUGAAGAGAAGGGGCUGAACAGGGGACCUCAACCUCUGGUUGAGAAUUUAAAAAAUAAUAGGGAAAGAAAUAAGAAACGUAAACGGUCUAUUGAUAUUGGUGAAUAUUUAUUUCAAAAGCAAAUAGAAGAUAAGGAGAAAAGGUGCCUUUCGCCAUUGUUUAUUCCACCAUCCAGAGGACCGACCCCGGACAGCGCCUUAUCAGCACCACCAGCUAGUCCAUUAGGGGCUAUCCAGCCGGAUUUGUACCUAAAAAAAGACGGGCCCCUAUUUAUAGGCUGCGAUGCUAGAAAAUCAGGGGGUGCCAGUUUGGGCAGACUUCAUUUUCGAUUGAGCUAUGAUUUUGAUCGAUCGGAUUUUAUCGUCCAUUUAAUAGAAGCUCAUGAUUUAGCUGGAAGCGAUCAAGGAGGUUUUAACGAUCCCUACGUUCGUGUGUUCCUCAUUCCCGAAAUUGAUACGAGAAAAAGGCAAACGACCAUCCAUAGGAACGAAAUAAAUCCCGUGUUCAAUGAAAUAUUUAAGUUUCCGGUAUCGCACGAGGAAUUGAAGUCGAAAUCGUUGCUCUUGCAAGUUUUUGACUACGAUAGAUUUUCAAGAAACGAUAUCAUUGGAGAGGUUUCAAUGGCACUAACGGAUUACGACUGCACAAACAGCAUCGAAAUCUGGGGCGAAAUUACGAAAAAUAAAAAACCGCCAGAAGAAGUUCAAGAACUCCUUAUUUCUCUCAUGUACUUACCAUCAGCUGAAAGACUCACCUUGAGUUUGGUAAAAGGUCGAAAUUUAUUUAUUCCUCAGGAAAAAGAAUUUAUUGAUCCCUUCAUUAAAGUUUAUCUAAUAAUCAAUGGGAAACGCACAAAGAAAAAAAAAUCGUCCUGUAAAAAAGGUAAUUGUAACCCUGUAUGGAAUGAGGCUCUAAUGUUUAAUUUGCCUUCAUCGAGUACACAAAAUACUGAAUUGGAGAUAUGUGUAUUUGAUCAAGGCAACGAUAUAAUGGGAAGUAACCCUUUAUUGGGAUGCUGUACAAUAGGACCAAAAGCGAGCGGAACUGGAAAAGAGCAUUGGAACGAUAUGAUCCAGAGUCCGAGAAAAACUGUAUUUUGUUGGCACACGAUAAGGACUGUUGCAGAAACUGACCAAAGCAAGUAGAUAACAAUUGUCUAUAAAUAAUUUAAACCAAAAUUAUCACCUAUUUUUAAAUCAAAAGAGUCCUUUUUACAAAAAAUAGCAAAUACAGGUAAAUGAAAUGAAUAUGCUUUAGAAAACAAUCAACAGAAAUAUUUUCCCACAAAAAAAAAUAUUUUUCUUAUUACAAUCAAAACUUAUUUUUAUUAUUGCCUGAAAGCGUAAAAAUCUUAUGUAACUUUUACAAGAUGGAAAUUCUUCUAUUUUUUUUACUCUUCUAGGAAACAC